GAAGGUGGUAGUGGUGGUGAGAUUGUUGCAGUCAGUCAGCAGUGUUAUUAAUGGUGGUUAAAGCCCAAGUUGCAGUUGUUUAUGAGGUCAAGGGCUUAACAGCAACAUCAAGAUGAUUUUUAAAGUUUACUACUACUAGUACUAGAGUAAUAGUAUUCAAAAUAUAUAGAGUACUUGUAUUGAAAACAUAGACUAUUACUAGUAUUUAUAUAGAGAGCUGAGACAAGUUUAAGGGGUUUGAGGGAAGGAGACAUGCCCAAGUCCACCCCAACAUAUCUCUCUACACACUCCAAAUCCUAAAGCAACCCUUUGUGACCAAAGUGUUCUCUUAAGCUUAACUCGGGAGCGCUCUACUACACUGUUCCAACUUCUACAGUUAAAAAGCUUAGGACCUUCUUGGGAUCUGAUUGAGUUCACAAAAAUGUAUGAAUUGCUGAACAAAGAGUCUGUAUUAAGUACUUCCCAUUCAGUGACCCCGUGUUAUAUUGGCUCCUCACAUCCAUGGACAUCCACUGAUUCACAUAUUCAUAAUCCACAUGCUGAACAAUCAUGUCUAUCAAAAAGUUUAAGUUUAAAGAUGGCAGCUUCAUCUCCAUACUCUAAGAGUUCUAAGCAAUUGGGCUUCCAUUUCCAAGAGCAGGACCUAUCCCCAACUCAGUCGUCUGGGCAGUCAUACCCUGAAGUGGCUAGUGCUGUAGAAAGUAACCCUUAUGUUCCAGAGAUGAUCGCCACAAAGUCCAGUUACAAGGGAAUGCAUGAAAAGCGUGAAGAGCUUCACAGUAAAGCAACUUUGUCAAUGCAAGCUCAUGACUAUGUUUAUCCUCCUUCAGUUAAUUUCAGCAAGCAUUUUUCCGGUGUUCCACAUUUGUAUCCUGAGUCGUACUGUCCUGGAUUACUUGCUACCGUCCCGCAAUCAAUGAUAUAUCAUCCCCACAUGAUGACUGCAGCUUCUACUCGAGUGCCACUGCCUCUUGAUUUUUCUCAAGAUGAACCUAUAUAUGUAAAUGCAAAACAGUACAGUGCAAUUCUAAGGCGGAGACAGUACCGUGCCAAGCUUGAAGCUCAGAAGAAACUCAUAAAAAACCGAAAGCCAUAUCUCCAUGAGUCCAGGCAUCUUCACGCACUGAAGAGGGCUAGAGGAUCUGGAGGCCGUUUUCUCAACAAAAAGCUUGAAGAUUCCAAUCCUAACGUUGCUCACACCGAGGAAAAUGCCCCAGAAUCUGAGCUUCAUCCUUCACCUCAAAACUACCGACAAAAGCCUUCACCUGCAAGCUGGAGUUCCAAGAAUGUGAACAUUUCAGACAAUGACAAAAUGUUCCUGCAGCAAGAAACAAUGUUCUCUGCUUAUGCUUCUCAUAUGGGAGAUUCACGAAAAGGGGGUGGGGUGGAUGUAUGCGGUGGAAAUUAUCUCACAGUCUUCCGGUGAGGGUAUAGAAUGAUCAGUAGUCUUAAAUUUGGUGGUUUUCAUAAGAUUGCUGGUCUAAAGGGAAGUCAUCCUUGGCUAAAGUUCAUUUCAUCAAAUAAAUAGUGUUGUUGCUAAUUAGAGGAGAUUAAAUCUUUGGAGAUAUUCUUGAAAUACAUUGUAUUAUUUUUCUCUGAAAUACUGUGAUCGACUGUAUCCGAGAAACAUUUGUGCCUAAUUUCAGCUCAGUUUCUGGUAUAACAUUGGCGCAACAAGAAUUUUCUUCUUGUA